UUAAUUUUCUAAUCCAAUGAAAUAUGACAUUAGUGGCUGAUGAUGGGAGCCGCACGCCUUCUUUGGAAAAGCCAUACAGAAAAGUUUUAGAGAGAUGGCGGCCGUGCUUAGCCUCUCUCCUGUUUUUCAUUAUUGUGCUAGUAGACAACUUCGUAGCUUCUUUAAGUGUUAAAGUUUCAAGUGUUGUUUCACUGCACUUCCGUAACCCUUGGAUACCAGAACAUUUCCUGGAAGAUAGAAACUUCAACUCCAAGGUAAGCCCUACCUGUCCCGUGUUGCAGGGGCCGCGCCAACCCCAGUGCCUUUCUCUGGAGAAGGACCUGUGUGCACUUUCAUCGAGUAGGGAGCGGGAAGAACGCUUACUACACUUAUACCCCUGCUUCUGCUCUCACUACCCCUUGACUGCGGUGCUUGGGCCGCAGGGUCGGACUCAGGUUAUUACAGGUUCAUCAGAUGAGUGUUUGGCCGCCCUAACCUCAGUAGCUGAUCUCGACCACCUUGCUCGACAAAUCAUGUGUGAGUUUGAAUCGGUGCUUGGCCGGUACAACUGUGAAGGGCGGUACUCCGUUUUGUUCAGUAGUCCAGCUUGUGAGAACGUUUAUCGACAGUGGGUGUGUGCCAUGAUACUUCCAUUUUUCAUUCACGACCGUCACGUGAAGCCUUGUCAAACGGUUUGUCACAAAGUAGAGCAGCAGUGUCCCUACUUCCAUCCCCGAAUUAAAGAACAGUACGCAGGGGAACCAGUUUUUAAAUGUAUAGAUCCCAAUAUCCCUGACAUUCCGUCUAUCACACCCAACUCUGCUUUCGGCCUGCCUGGAUCCUGCUAUAGGCUCUGUCAUGUGAGUCCACAUCUCGAGCCAGGACCAUGCAAUCUUACUUUUUCUUGGGACAACUCUACGGAAACUACACAAGCUUCAUUACCCACAAAUUCUACCUAUUUAUUUACCACCUCUUCUUCAAGAGCGGUGAUAAAGGCUGCAAACCAGCACCUUGUUGCAGGGCUUUCCAUAGUGGUUGGUGGUUUGUGGCGCCACCUAGUAGCUAGGCAUUGUACUCGGCGAAACACCAGAUGGACCUGGCCAACAAACUUGAGGGGUGUUUGUAAAGAAUCCACCAAGCAGAGGUGUAGCUAGUGUUACUUGUGAUGAAACUUAAAAUAAAACGAAGAAAAGGCAGUUUUGUGAUUUCACAGUUACCUGUCAUGUCCGAACAGAACAACUGACUAUAUAAGAAGGGCUUAUAGCGCCGCCUCAUAAAUAGAAAAACAUAAUGCAAAUAUAGUCAAAUGGUUAUGCUGUUCCCCAAGAGAGAGAUCAUGUUGAAAAAACACGCCGUGUUCUUUAUUUUCAUCACUAUAAGUAAAAGCUCUGAAAUAUAAAAAGCUUUGCGAUAAUAAAUAUUUCUUUGUCGAGAGCAGUUUUUGGUAGGUACAGUAAAUUGAUAUUGCUUCUUCGUAUUUUAAUAAGUAAUUUGUUUUACUGCAGAAGCAAUUUUUUCAAUAACAUUGAUUGAUAUCUAUGAUUUUUUUUUAAUUUCUAGGGAUAAAUCACAUUUAUUAUCUGAAGUCCAGCAGCGCCAGGUCAAAUUUUCGUUUUAACUUUAUAGAGUUGUACAAUUAUAUUUUUUUAUCGUUGUUCUGUCUCGUCGUGAGCUUAACCCUUGCUCGUAAAUAAAAUUCUGGCUGUGUAAGAAAUCAAUGGAAAUAUACAAGUGUAUAUUAAAAACAUACGAGUUCUGUAUACACUGCAAAAAUAUGACAAUGAUUAUUCUAGCUCUUAUAUGCACAUCUAACCGCCUUCAACAUAUCAAAACCGAAUCAGAAAACCAAUGCCCACCCAGUGGCACAGCGAUAUGUUUGCGGAGUUACAACGCUAGACUCCGGGUUUCGAUACCCGUAGUGGGCAGAACAUAGAUAGCCCAUUGU